GGCAUCCCCUCGCUGAUUUGCGGAGACUUCAACUCCACCCCGGACUCCGCGGUGUACGAGUACAUCCGGCGGGGCACCCUCCGGAUGGACCACCAGGAGCUGAGAUCGGACCCGUGCGGCCUGCUGAGCAGCAUCCACUUCGGGCACUCACUGCAGCUCUCCACCGCGUACGAGGCGUGCAGCGGCACCGAAGCUGCAUACACCAACUACACCGAGGAAUUCAAAGGUACCCUCGACUACAUAUUCUUUUCUUCGGACUCGUUGGCCGUGCUCGCCAUCUCCCAGGUGGACGAUGAGUCGCAGCUGAAGCAGGAGACCGCGCUGCCUUCCAGCACCCGGCCCUCGGACCACGUCUCCCUGGUGGCCACCUUCAUGUUCCGGGAG